UAUGAUUGAUUGCUGAAGAUACACCAAUACAACCCAAAUAUAAAGAAGUGUGAGGUACCAAAGCUUGCCAAUCGCCAAAAAGACAACGAAAAUGAAAUUAUUGUGUCUCGUCACGUUAUUGGUAUGCGCCGGUGCGCAAGCCGCUACCCUCAACAAUGAAGCCUUCCCUAUGGAAGACACCGUUGAAAAGCGGCUUGAAAACACGCAUGUGGCUCUAAACCUCGUGGGAAAAGACGGCGAUGUAGCUGAGGCACCCGAACUAACAACAGCACUGAAGGCAGAAAACCGCAAUGUGGUUACUGACGCCAUCGAGGGCUUGUUGGAAGAAAUCAGAGACGUCAUCAUCAAUGGCAACGAUGACCUGCCUCCUCUAGACCCCCUUGUGGUUGACGUCAUCGGACCCUUGGAUUAUGAUGCUUCUGGUGUCAGAGGCGAAAUCACCAUAAACAACUUGAACAUCGAUGGUCUCCGUUGGUUUGUCGUUGACGACAUCUCGUUCAACCCCCUCCGCCUUUCCUUUGGUAUCCACAUCACCGUUCCAUGGAUCACAGUCACUGGAAGCUAUGACGCCAGGACCAGGGUUGGCUUCCUAACCCACAGAGCUGGAGGUAACUUCAGAGUGUUCGCCCACCGUAUCGAGGUUGGCGUCGACCUGAGGCUGGGCACCAACCUGUUCGGCGGACACUUAGUGCUUCGCGAGCUGGACAUCAAGAUCGACAUCCAUGACACCCACAUCCAGAUCACCGGCAUGACCGGCUCCAACCUAGUCAACGGCUUCAUCAGCAACAUGGUGCAGAACAUUUCCCAGGAUUUGAUCCAGUCUGAGAUGGAGAAUGUGAGCAACCUGCUCAGUGAAGAACUCUUUGAUGUCAUCAAUGAUGUCCUUAAAGAUUACACCCUCGCCGAUAUCCUAGGAUAGAAAAUAUAACUAUUAUUUAAGAAUGUAACCACGAAAUGUUAAUGCUCAACUUUUACACUUAGUAGAAUUCGAUUUAUUAAAUGUAUGUACCUACUAUGGAACAAAUAUAUUACACUGAUUUGUU